UAUCCCAGAGGCAAUUACUGAGACCUUGUGAAUGAGACGAAUCGACUUUUGUGUGAGCGUUGUGUUCCUCUCUCACCUCUCAGCUCUACACCCGGCCCCUCACCUCUCACACAACCCUCUGUCUCCCUCACCUCUCAUUUAGCCUUGAGGGGCCAGGAAACCCCUCACAGCGCCUCUAGAUAAGGAAUCAUGUAUGGGCGGCAGGCAUGGGUGGGUGUAUCGUGGGCGUGUGUGCUAUGGGCGUGGUUGGCUACGGACGUGUCAGCGGCUCCAGCAUCUAAAAAUAAAGGGAAUUCUACAAUGGUAACAGUGCCGUCAGACUUGCUGAUACAGUUACUGGACGUCAGCAGGUCGUUACAGAAGUUACUACCAGCUGAUACCCCCAUCCCCCUGCUUGAUGUCAGCCCCGAGGAAGUACUGGCUCGGGUUAACGACGAAGGACCAAACUCACUGUUAACUCUGGCUCUACGUCACCACGCUCUACUGCAACAACGUAACGAAGAUUUACUCACCCAACAAGGUCGUUGUACUGCCCAGAUCGAGGCACUACAGGAGGAUAAACAAGAACUCCGUCUACAGCUACAGGAUUGCAAGAAAAAACUACAGUACCUUCAGAAAGGCCCUACAGAUAUCCUACCUCCUACAGACAGCGCCAAACCUACAGAUACUACAGAGGAUGUUAAAAAAGGCGUUAAAAUAGAUGAUUUAUGUCCUUGUAGAGAGAAUUUAACAGAAGCACAGUUGGAAGAGAGGAAUUUUGUAGGAUUGGAUUGUGUCUGUGAGAACGUGACCAUACUUCCCAAGACCACACCUGCUCCUGUGUUGUUGGGUACUGGGUCAAGAGUGAAGGACUGCGCCGGUCAUCAGACUGAAGGGGCGACCGAGAGUGGAAUGUAUGAAAUUUACCCAUCAGAGUGUCGAGCAGUGAGGGUGUGGUGUGAUCUAGAGACAGACGGGGGUGGGUGGACUGUGUUCCUCAACAGACAGGAGCAGCCACACCAGGAGAACUUCACUAAGGCUUGGGACUCAUAUAAACACGGCUUUGGUGAUGUCAACAAUGAGUACUGGCUUGGUAACGACGUCCUGCAUCAGUUGACAGCCAAAGACUCCCACGUGCUGAGAGUUGAUGCAGAGGACUUCAAUGGCGGCCGCAGAUGGGGCGUGUGGGGCCGCUUCCGGGUGGAGGACGAGGAGCACAAGUACAAGUUACUCGCUGUCAUGUACUCAUCCAAUAGUACUCUGGGAGACGGACUACUCUGGCACAGCGGGAUGCACUUCUCAACCGUUGACAGAGACAAUGAUAAACACAAGGGUAGCUGCGCCCACGAGUACAAGGGUGGGUGGUGGUACAACGUCUGCCACAAUGCCAAUCCAACAGGUAUUCUCACCAACUCAGAUGACUUCGACUCUGUUGGCUGGGUCUACUGGAACCCUCGACAGUAUAAAUGGGCGAGCCUACGGUAUCUCCAGAUGAAGAUCAGACCACAAAAUUUCGGCUCUCCUAAUCCUUCCAAUCGUCCUGGGGAUUGUAACGGCGAUUAGAUGAGAGAUUGGAACCUAAUCUAAACCCAUCCAAGACACUACAGCUACAAGAGAAGUCGGCAAUCUGCAUCACGAUUAGGACUCCAAUCAUUACGGUUCGAAUUCUUGUGUCUUGAGUCGCCUCUUCUAAUCUUUUGUAUUGGUUGAUAAUCCUUAACUCUAAUUGGCCAUUCCCUAGUUAAUGAGAUUAGAUGCACUAACUACCAGUCCCCAAUCACCAUUAGAUUGUGAUUAGAUAUGUAACUACCAUACUCCGAUCUUUACUGCCAUGAUUAGAUGUGAUUAGUACCAUAAUUAGGUGAUUAGUACCAUAAAUAGGUGAUUAGUACCAUAAUUAGGUGAUUAGUAUCAUAAUUUGGUGCUUAGUGCCGUGAUUAGAUGAUUGGUACAGUAAUUAGGUGAUUAGUACCAUAAUUAGGCGUUUAGUACCAUGAUUAGGUGGUUAGUGCUAUGAUUCAUGCCUCACUACCAUACUCCAAUCUUUACUGCCAUAAUUAGAUGUGAUUAUUACCAUAAUUAGGUGAUUAGUUCCAUGAUUCAUGCGUCACUACCAUGCUUAAAUCUUCAUUACUGUAGUUCAUAAUAGAUCGCUACCAGAACCCUACGUCUCACUGCCAUAGUUAUUGAUGUUAUUGUGUAUUAAUCCACCAUUAUCUACCAUGAUUAGUUAGUAUACAUACCAUAAUUACCAUACAUACAUAUACAAACUCUAUGUGAAUAUCCCAGUGUUACUAAAACUUAACCUGAUCUAACCUGUUAAUUUAUGUCUGUAUGGAUGUGUAUUAAUGCACAUAAAUAUACGUGUUGUGUAUGUAUAUGUAUA